AUGGCUCGAGCUCUUCGUCGCGCGAGGACGACGUCGAAUCGCCGCAAGGCUGGAACGGCCCGGUCGCAGGAGGAUGCGCGCACCGCGCGGAGUGGAAAGAGGAGCAGGGACCCAGACCUAGAGGACGAUGAAGGGCGUGAAGAACCUGCAGCGACGGGCCCGGGCCCAGUGUCGUCAGACGACGACCCAAACGAAGCUCUUCCAAGGGUCAAUCCGCGCGUCGACGGCGACGAAGACGCCACACAGGAGGAGGCCUCAGAUUCCGCGCCCGUGACCAGGGCGGGAGAUGACGGCGCUGCGCAAGAUGCAGAUGGACACGGCAGCUACAAUGGCACGGCUGGAGACGGCACUGCUGGCCUCGCUGGCCAACCACCAGGCGAAGAAGCGCAAACGCGCGGCAUGCCAUUUGCGUCGGGCGCAUUUGCUGCUUGCGCUCGCGCGGCGUUCAGGCCCCGGAUGGUGAACGGGACGCUGACGUUGAAGCUGUAUCACAUGGCGUGGCUCGAACACGUGGUGACCGACGCGAUCCGCUUCUGGGACACCCGCAAGGGCAGGCUCUCGAACUCUGCGGGUGUCAACGCGCAGAUCGUGGACGGCCUCCGCGAGUGCGCGCUCGUGGACGUCAUGGCUGCCAUCGAGCAGUACCAGCUGCAGUACGACCCCACGACGUCGUCGUGGGCGUGGGGCCGCCAUGGGCUGCGCCUGUCUGCGGAUGGAGUUGAGAGGCAGGAGCCCGCCAAGCAGGCACACAGCGAGAGCGACGGCUAG